AUUAUUGAGUGUAUCGUCAUUCGUCUGUCGGUUCUCUCAGGAAAAACUUUGUCGCAUAAAUAUUACGCAGCAGUUUGUGUGCCGUGGGUGAAUUAAAAAUUUGGAUAGUGCGAUUCGAAUUCGGAAGACAACAAUCUUAUAAAUCGCGAUGUCGUCGUCAGUUUCGCCACCGAAAGCACCGAAUGAACCCAUCACUAUUGCGAUAGUUGGUGCUGGUGACAGAGGCUACAUUUAUGCUUCCUUUGCAAAACUGUAUCCGCAAUGGCUGAAAGUGGUGGCUGUGUGCGACCAUCAUGAUUAUCAAUGUGAGCGUCUAGCCAAGGAACACACGAUCCCACCCGAAAAUGUAUUUGUGGGAGAUUGGUCAUUGAUUGCUUCAAGACCAAAGCUGGCUGAUGCAGUUGCAAUUUGUACAACUGACGCAGCUCACACUGGACCAGCCGUUGCGUUUGCCGAUCUCAAGUAUCACAUUCUGCUCGAAAAACCCAUGUCGGUAACAGUCGAUGAGUGUGCACUCAUCUACAAAGCAAUUGUCCGGAACAAAGUCCUUUUAGCUGUCGGUCAUGUGUUACGGUAUACCAGGUACACCAAGUCCAUGAAACGGGUUCUCGAUUCAAAGGUCUUGGGUGACAUCGUUAACAUUCAGCAUUUGGAACCAGUUGGAUUUUGGCAUUUUGCCCAUUCGUUCGUUCGGGGCAAUUGGCACAAUGAAUCGGAGUCUACAUUUUCGCUGUUAGCCAAGUGUUGCCAUGAUAUUGAUCUGCUCGCUUACAUGGUGAACGAGAAGUGUAAGAAAAUUUCUUCGUUCGGAAGCUUGUCGCACUUCAAAAAAGAGAAAAAGCCAAAAGAAGCCGGAAAUGCUAUAAACUGCCUUGACUGUCCAUUUGAGCCCUCAUGCCCGUAUUCAGCUAAAAAGAUUUACAUCGACGAAUUCUUUACGAAACAAAACGAGAAAGGGUGGCCAGUGAAUGUUGUCCAGCCGAAUGGUGACAUAGAUAUCGAAAAUUUGACCGAUGCAUUGCGCAAGGGAAAUUAUGGUCGAUGUGUCUACGAAAUGGAUAACGAUGUUUGCGAUCAGCAAGUUGUAAACAUGGAAUUCGAGAACGGCACGACAGUUUCCAUGUGCAUGGUAGCAUUUACUGAAGCGUCUUGUCAGAGAAAGACCCGUAUCUUUGGCACAAGAGGUGAAUUGGAAGGCGACGGUUCGGACGAAAUCAAAUUGUUCGAUUUUGUAACCAGACAGACAACCGUAAUCAAUCCCAGCAAGGAGUCCAGUUCGAAUGAUUUAGCGAAAAGUGGACAUGGUGGCGGCGACUUUGAACUGAUGCAGUCAUUUGUAUAUGCAUGCAGCACCGGUGACGAUCGCUAUAUCAUUUCCGGACCAAGGGAAACAUUCGACUCGCAUCUGUAUGUUUUUGCGGCGGAGCAUGCUAGACGAACUGGAAGUGUUGUUGACAUCGACGAGUACAGGAGACAGGUUCUAUUGGAACAAUAAAUAAGGCCGCACGUUGCAUAUGGAAUGUAGGGAUUGUUUACGAUUGUUUCAAUAAAAAAUUGGCUUUGGCA